GGGUGGCUUCCCGCAGCUUCUCACUUAAAAACGAAAGGGUAUAGGGACGUGCCCCUGUUGUUUGAACUUUUUACAGCGAAAUUGCCAUCGCAGUCCCGCAAAGAGUUCCCGACGCAGAAAAAAACAGGCAGACGCGGGCUGCUCGAUCCCCUCCCUCCCGCUCGACCCCUUCUCUGUUCUGUCGCUCGCCUAGGGUUCCUCCUAACCGCCGCCGCCGCCGCCGGUCAUCGACGAGGCCAUCUCCGGCGACAUGGCCAGCGGGUAGGCCACAUCUUCCACCCCAGCUCGCACGGGUGCGACCCCUCCCUCGGUCGCAUCCCCUCCGUCUCCGGUGUCCAGCAGCAGCUCCUGGUCCGGUCCGGCCAGGGCUCCACUCCGGCGGACGACGACACCCUUUCCCCCUCCCCUCCUCCUGGCCGUGAGCCCCCAAGAUAGACAUCUCUGUUCAGGAGGAAGAGGAGGAGGAACUUGAUUUUUGCGUUGUUGCAAUGGCAUAUUAUCUUCUAAACAAAGAGAGGCUGCCAUAUGGACCUAGAAGAGCGCCAAUGAUGACAGGAUUGCAGUGGGUGGAAGAGAAGGAGAAGCAACCACAAAUAUUCUACUCUAUGUUCAGAAUGCGAAAGUUUGUGUUUUACUCACUUCAUGACAUUUUAGUUGAAAAGUAUGGUUUAAUGUCAACUUGCAACAUGACAAGCAAAGAGGCAUUAGCACAGUUCUUGUGGACUAUGGGGUCACGCCAGACCACCGACAAUGUUGCAGAUCGAUUUGAACAUAGUCGGUCUACCAUCAACAAAAAAUUUAAGGAGGUCUUGUUGUGUGUGUACCGUAUGGCCGGUGAUUACAUUCAACCCAAAGAUCGAUCUUUCACCCAAGUUCAUGACUCGCUUACAAAAACAAGAUUUUGGCCUCACUUCAAGCAUGCCAUUGGGGCAAUAGAUGGAACACAUAUUGAAUGUGUUGUGCCUGCAAGUGAGCAACCCAAGUAUCGCAACAGAAAAGGUUCGACAACUCAGAAUGUCAUGGCGAUUUGCGAUUUUGAUAUGAGAUUUACGUUUGUUGUUGCUGGAUGGCCUAGAUCUGUUCAUGACACACGUGUACUCAAUGAUGCACAAGUUGAAUAUUCCUACUUUCCACACCCUCCAGACGGCAAAUAUUAUCUUGUUGACUCUGAAUAUCCAAACAGAGUUGGAUAUCUAGCACCAUACAAAGAACAACGCUACCAUGUACCCGAUUUCCAACAAGUACCACCACGAGGAAGAUAUGAGACCUUCAAUCAUCUACAUUCAUCACUACGGAAUGUCAUUGAACGAUCGUUCGGUGUUCUAAAGAUGAAAUGGAGAAUCCUCCUCGGCAUCACCCGGUACAAACCUGCUACGCAAACAAAGAUCAUUACUGCAUGCGCGUGUCUUCAUAACUUCAUUCGUGAGAGCAAACUAAGUGAUCAACAUUUUGACAUGGUUGAGAGUGGAUCUUAUGCUCAUGAGGAGAGCCUUUCUCAUCACCAUGCACCCAUUGAUGAUGGUACUAUGGGUUCCAUCCGUGAUGCUAUUGCUACAAGUGUUUUCCCUUGAUGGUUAGCUCUAGGGUGCAAUACUGCUAGGGGGUAUGCUUUUGUUGGGAGAACCAUGUAAUAAUUUAAAGAUCAUUUUUAUUCAGUACUUCUCACGUACUCGUACUACAUGAGAUAGUGAUGCACGUAUGAUAUUCGUAUGCGAGACAAUGAUCUUCCUUAUGCUUGAUUAUAA